AGGAGUUCAUGGAGACGUAACCCUAACCCUAACUGGAAUUUUCCUGCAAUGGGAUUUUCCCAUGUAUUUUACCAGGAAAAAUAGAUAGGGCAGAUGUCAAGCCCCCAAAGGCUUGCCAUACGAACGGGGACGGGGGAGCACGGACAACGACCUACCAGCCCGAGUAACAGCUGAGCAGUACCCCGCCACACCCCACAGCCGCACCGGGCGAAUGUCAACUGCGCAGACAUCUCCACAAGCUGCACUACAGAUGCCACCAAAACCCAAGAGGCACCUGCCGCUGACGGGGCAGGAAGCCCACGAGCGGAGACUGCAGCCUGCGGAAGGGAGAGCGGCGAACGGCUCCUUCGGGGGCGGGAGGACUGCACUCCGGCGGCCGGGCCCAGCAAGGGGGAGCAGGGGGUUUCCCCCUAGCAAUCAGGACGUUUGGCAGGGCAAGUUUGGCGGCGGGCAACUGACGCGCGGAUCGAGUGCAUGGACAAUGGGGCGUGGGGGCGGAGUCCCGUCGGGGAAAGGGAAAGCACAGGGAAAGGGUGGAGCAUUUAUUCAUCUUGAGCGGAUGGUGGUUUGGGACCAGGGGCGGGGUCACAGGGUGGAGCACGCCGAUAUAUGGCGGUGGGAGGAAACUAACCCCAGUGCUGACUUUAUCUCACUUGAAUAAUAAAGUGCUUGUUGGGUGUCAGUGUGUGCCGGUCUUCUUUGCCUUCGUGCUGCGAACGACGUCGGAUACGCUGACAGAAAGUCAGCACUCACCUACUUCCUCUCCAGCCUCCAGCUCCCACGUGCGGUGGACGGCUAAGGUAUGGCGGAGGGAACGCAGGGGGCCGCCCUGGUUGAGGGAGAGAUGGCGGCCGAUGGGCCUGCGGACACUGUUCCGGUGCUGGAGCCAGCGGCAGCCCAGCCGGUGGUGCGGCCGAAGCUGCUACUGCCUGCAAUCCCGGGACUCGACGAGGGGGAGGCACGGGCCGCAAAGCCACAGGAGGAGUGGUGGCAAAGCCCGGCGGUGACGGGAAUGCAGACCGAGCGGCUAUUAACACCUAAACCGAAGCCCAGUCAUUCGGGAUGGAGGGAGAGAUGCGCCACCAUAGAGGAUGACGACGACUGGAGCUAUUCCACGGCUCCGGGCCAAGAGACCAUGGAUAUAUUGCGUCGUCGGUUCGGCGAAGCAAGCUACAGGGGCGCUGCUGAUAUGUGGCAAUCGGAAGGGGAUGCUGCGGGACGCACCCCCUCAUCUAGGUUUCGCUUGAGCAGUCCGCGGCUGCGGUUGCCUACGGGUGGGCCGGGCGCCAUGGGACUCCCGUCGAGCGGCUCGCCGGGUCACGCGCGUCCAGCUCAGCCGGGCGGCCCCAAGAACGUGGCAAGAGGACCAGCGAGGCUAGGGGGUGUGGAGCAGCAGAGCUUGGCGGCUGGGUAUCCUAACCUCGUGCCAGGCCAACCCCAGGGCCCAUGGGGGCCAGGAUAUCCAUGGGGGGUUCCUCCCAUUCCGGUCACUUUUGAUGGAAACCCCGACGAACUGGCAAUGUUUCUGGGGCAAGCCAUAAGCCACCUGGACCAGUUUGCCCAGCUAUAUGUCUCCCAAUGGGCUAUGGUCGGCGCCAUCACCGCCGCCUUGCGCGGAGAGGCGGCCGCAUGGGCAGCCGACCUGUACAGUGACCAUGCCCGGGAGUUGGGGAGUGCGGGGCUAUUCUUGGACGCUCUGCAUGGGAGGUUUGAGGAUCCAACCCGGGCACAGAGGGCUGAGGCAGACCUGCUGGCACUCCAACAAGGGAACCGCCCGGCCAUCGAAUACGUGCGGGAAUUCCGGAAGUUAGCCGGCCGCUUGCAGUCUUCAUGGCCGGAGCGGAUGUUAGUACAUCAAUUUAGAGCAGGCCUAGACCAGGACCUACGGCAAGCCUGCGUAUACCGGGGUGUGCCCAACAGGCUGAGGGACUGGUUCAGAGUGGGGGUCGAACUCGAGACAGGCCUUAAAGCCGUUUAUCGAGGGAUUGGGGACGCCCCGCGGCCGCGGCGUACCGGAGAGAGGCCUCGCAAGGGGAGUCAAGACCAACAGGGAACCACACCAAAACCCCUUGGGGCGUCAGGAGGAGGCGGCUUUCGAUGCUUCCGCUGCGACCAGCCGGGCCAUCGAGCAGCCGACUGCCCAGCGCCCAGCCCACGUAAGGCCGCAACAGUUGGUAGAGCUACGCCCAUGAAGAAAGCUACGGAGAAAUCGAGGGCGGUUAUUCAGCCACCAGCCCCAGGGGCGAAAACGGGGUCUCCGGCCAUGGUGGAGUCUACGGCCAUGGCACGCUACCAGACGGGAGACGAGGAGGACGGCUCGGAUGACCGAGUGGGCGAUCCCAUGGUGAGUGACCCUAUUAGCCCAUUCGUCCUCCCUAUAAUCCUCACGAGUCCGGUGACAGGAGCGAAGAAGGCGUGUCAGGCCUUGAUCGACACGGGGUGCACGCGGUGUCUGAUGAGUAGGAAGGUAGCGGUGGAUAGUGGGUUCCGAAUAUAUCCAUUACCACAACCAAUACGGUUCGAACAGGUGGACGGGUCACUGUUGGGAGGAGUCCCCGCAACCCAUGUGACGGAACAGGUACGCAUGGAUCUAGGAGAUCAUUGGGAGGUGUUGCGGUUCAUCGUGAUACCCAUUACGACAGAGACUGUCAUAUUGGGGUUAUCCUGGCUGGACAAAUGGACCCCAACUAUAUGGUGGGAGGAAGGGUACCGUAAGAUGCGUCUUGGGAUGGGCCCAAUCCCAAGGACGGGUGGUAACGGUGGCCAAGUUCCCGACGCCCCGGAGACGACGGCGCAACUCCAGGAGAGGGGGGGGGAAGUGUCUUACCCAGAGGAAUACAGGGAUCUAGCGAUGGUCUUCAGCGAGGAGGAGUGUAACCACCUGCCUCCUCAUCGGCCGACGGAUUGUGCCAUAGAGCUAUUGCCGGGGGUCAAGCUUCCGAAACCCCGGAUGUACGCCAUGACGUUGCCGGAGCUGCAGGAACUCCGUAGAUAUAUCGACCAUAAUCUGGCGCGAGGAUUCAUCCAGCCUGCUAGGUCCCGGAUAGCGGCUCCCGUGCUUUUCAAGGAAAAGAAAGAUGGGUCGUUGCGCUUAUGUGUCGACUUCCGAGGGCUAAACGCAGUAUGUGUCGAGCAUGUAUACCCCCUUCCCCUGAUGAAGGACCUGUUGGCACACCUGGGAACGGGCCGCAUUUAUACCAAAUUGGACUUACGGGAGGCGUACUAUAGGGUGCGAAUUAGGGCUGGCGACGAAUGGAAGACGGCAUUCAACUGCCCAUUGGGUAGCUUCCAGUUUCGCGUCAUGCCGUUCGGGUUACGAGGGGCCCCUGCGGUGUUCAUGCAGUUAAUCAAUCAGGUGUUGCAUGAACACCUAUACCGCGGGGUGCUUGUGUACCUGGACGACAUACUAAUAUAUACCGCAACAAGGGAAGAGCAUGUCAGUCUGGUGAGGCAGGUGCUGCGGAAGUUACUGGAGGCACAGCUUUAUGUGAAGUUGUCUAAGUGCGAGUUCCACCGGGAGCGGCUAGAUUACCUGGGCUACCGUAUCUCGGGGGCCGGGGUGGAAAUGGAUCCGAGCAAGGUGCAAGCAGUACAGGAAUGGCAAGCGCCCCAGACUAGACGCCAGCUGCAAAGUUUCCUCGGGUUCGCGAAUUUUUACCGCCAGUUUAUCCCGUCCUUUGCUGCCGUGGUGCAUCCCCUCACGGAGCUGCUGCGGACGAAACAUCUUACGGCGAGGGCUCGUCCAAGCCAACGAAUAGAGUGGACUAUGAGUUGUCAAAAGGCGUUUGAAACACUGAAAACGUUGUUCGCUAAGGAACCCGUGUUGCGCCACCCGGACCAAAGUGCCCCUUUUGUGGUACAGGUGGACGCAAGCGAUGUGGCGGUGGGGGCGGUGUUGUUGCAAAAGAACAGUGGGGGAGUGUUGCAGCCCUGUGCCUAUACUUCGCGCAAAUUUACGGCGGCCGAGUGUAGCUGGGCCGUCUGGGAGAAGGAGGCCUUCGCGAUCCGCUGGGCUCUGGCAACAUGGAGGCAUUUGUUAGAAGGGGCCAAGCAACCUUUUGAAGUGUGGACAGACCAUAAGAAUUUGGAGGCGCUACAAACUCCGAGGCGCUUAGCCCCCAAACAUGUCCGGUGGGCCCAAUAUUUCAACCGAUUCCAAUUCACAUUGAAGUAUGUGCCAGGGGGGAAAAACUUCCUAGCCGACGCGUUGUCACGAAUGCCGCAGUACCACAGCAAGCGGGAGGAGGUGAUACAGGCACUGAUGCCUCCUUCUCGGUAUGAGACCGCGAGGACUGUAAGUCAUAGGUCUCAGGUGAGUGAACUAGAAGCCAUGAGAACAGCCCUGUUGACAGAUACGUGGGCGAAGGAGCAUUCGGGGUGGUUGACUACUCGGGACGGCGCACUUUAUUCCAUGCAAAGGCCUGCCAUCAGCGCGACGAUUGUCGCGGUUGUUUAUUCAACACAUCUACCGGCUCCAUGGCAGACCUAG